AUGCCGGCGGCUGCCUCGGCCUCAGGGGAGACUGAAUGCAGCUCCGCUGGCUGCCAGGAGCGGCUGGCAGACAUUCGCCAUAUCCUGGACGAGGAGAUCGAGAAGCUGGCGCUUCUGGGCGAGGAGCGGCGCCCGAGGUCGCCCAUCCUCUUCCCGGCGGCCGAGGCGUGGGCUGGCUGGCCAGGUCUGGCCCUGCCCGCGGCGGUGCGGAGCCCGCUGCCCCAGCCACUCCCUCGUGCUCUCCUUCGCCCGAUGGAGCCGGAGAAAAGGGAAGCGCUGCUGCGCAUGCUGAUCGCGGAGACGCAGGCCCGCAUCAGGAAGACCAGGAGCACGCCCCCGCCGAUCGGGGCCAGCAAGAAGAUGCGGGUCAACUCCUGCGUAGCACCUGCGCCCUCGACGCCCACGACCCCGAGGUCGCGCCCGAAGUCGACCCUGGGGCAGACCGCGGCACUCUCGCCGUCGCCGAUGAAGACGACGAGCGCGGCUGUGCUGAUGACCCGCGAGGCCAAGAUCGUCCGGCCCAAGCAGGAAAUCGAGUGCACGCGGACGGCGCUGGCGGAGGCGAUGUCGAUGCCGCGCCAACCGCGGAAGGACGGGAGGGACACGCUUCACCAGGCGGAGCUGCGCCCACUGACGGACGAGAAGGCCAGACAGAACCAGGGGGCGCCCCACAUUCAGCACUCGAGCGACGAGAUGACGAUCAAGGCGAUCUUCACCUAUGCGGACGACGCCGUGGUCCUGCUGGAGCAGGCGCCGGUCCCCUCCGAGGUGCAGGUCCCCUCCGAAGGGGCAGGUCCGCCCCAGUCGAGCGCUCCUCCGAAUCCCUUGGAGGCGGCGUUGGAGAGCGAGGUGGACUGGGAUCCCAUGGAGGCGGAGUCAGAGAGCGUGCCGGAGAGCGAGGUGAACUGGGACCCCUAG